CCCCACACAGUUGGCACAGCCUCCCUGAGAGUGGGGGGUAGAGAGAGAGGGAGAGAGGGAGGACAGGGCAGGACAGAGUUGGGAGAGAAGGAAGAGAGAAACUCUCAACUUCUCCUCUCCAAACACCCACGAUCAGGAAAACUGUGAACAGACUGGAACAGAGAGGAACCUGAAGAGAGCCGGCCUGGCAUGGGAGCCCCUAAACACAGCUGAAUUCCUGCCCGGCUUCUCCUCGUCCUUCAGUUUCUCUCUCUCUCUCUCUCUCUCUCUGGCACUGCCUGACCACCCUCAGCUCCACCGGCCUGAGGGCACCCUGCCUGUUCCUGGCCAUAAAGAAGCAGCAGAAGGAACCAGCAGCCCUCUUACCUGCUCUACAGCAGGACCAACCACCAUCCUUCUCCUGGGCCCACUGUCGUCCGUCUGUCCGUCAUGACCCUGCUGGCCUCCGAGAGGUCGCUGCUCAUCCGCAGCAAAUUUCGCUCAGUUCUGCAGUUGAGGAUACAGAACCGCAGGCAGCAGAAGGAGCUGAAUGCUGACUCUGGUGUGAAGCCCUCUUGCCCUGAUAAAGUAGGGGAGAAGCAGGCCGGUGGUGUAGCGCUCCAGACAGAGGACGGCACCAAUCUGAAGUCGCCCCCUAGUGGUCUGGCUGCUGAAACUGCACAAGACAGAACUAGCGGAGCGGCACAGAGACAAAAGAAGGCCCGUUUAUCUGAGGAUGCUGCUGAGAAGAUCCACAAAGGACCAGCGCGCCUGGAGGUUCUCCAGAAACACAUACUGCCUCUGGACACCACUCCUGUUUCCUUCACCCUGCCUUCAGAUGUCUUCGAAGAUGACGUCUCCUCAUGUUCCUCUGCGUCUCCCGAGCAACUCGGGAUCCACCAAUCCCCUAGCUUCUCCUCCUCACCUGGACUUAGCAGUGACCAAUCACUGAGUGAUGUGUCACCUGUUUCCACGCCCAUCAACCACAGUCCAAGCAGUGUUCAGCAGCAGUGCAGUCUCGCAUUGUUCCCAGCAGCUGAGGGCAUGAGUCAGCCAGUGACCAUGACGGUGGCAGGGUCAAACUCCAUAGCAAUGACUGGGAGGCCCAAAGGGAUGUAUAUGUCCUCCCAGACAACGCCACUGCUGCCAAAGACAGCUCAACCCUUGACCCCGCCCAAUCAUUCCAUCCUGGGUGGGUCUUUGUCCUCGCCCCGCCCACCACGCCCACGCAAAACGCGCGAAUGCAAGCCUAAAAUGAGGAAGCUGAAGUACCACCAGUACAUUCCCCCAGACCAGAGGGGCGGGUCGGGAGGCGGAUCUGGGAAUAACUCUCAAAAGAACAGCACCGGCCAGGCUCAGCCCGUCGACCCUGCCUACUCCCGCCUCCUACAGCAGCAGCAGGUCUUCCUGCAGCUGCAGAUUCUCAACCAGCAGCAGCAGCUCACUGUGGCAACCAGCAGUGAGAACCAGUUAGUGAGCUUUACUGGUGCUGUGCCGCAAAGCUGCCCUCAGCCCAUUCCCCCAGCAACAAACCCCUCCCUCUCAGAAACAAGUCCCAACCACAAGCCGGAACUACUUCCCCCAAACCUUGACGACCUUACGGUGUCCGAACUCCGACAGCAGCUACGCAAACGAGGGCUCCCUGUCUCCGGCACCAAACCCGCCCUCUUGGAGAGACUUCGCCCUUUCCAAAUGCCCCGCCCCCAGCUAACCCCUACCCCUCUUUGCCCAAUGGAGGGCACCCUGGACCCCUCUCAGCCCUCCAUUCUAAGUGUCGCUAAUGUGGAUAUUUCCACCAGCCCCUCCCACAUCUACAUCCAACCUUCAGGACUGCUGGAGCAGGGCUUGGCCGGGGUCGCGUACCUGACCUCCCCUGCUUCUUCCGCGGGCUCCAGCCCAAGCCUGCAGGCCCCCUCACCUCCACUGCCCUCCGGCACCCUCUGGAGGUCAGAGCAGGCAGCGGAGGAGCUGAGUGUGGAGCUGGAGAUGCGGGAGAGGAUACGGACCAGACCCAGAGAGAAAAUACUGGACGCAGUUCCACAGUCAUGUGGAGGUUCCCUACAUCCCUUCCUGCAACAGGACCCAGGAUGCACCAGAGGGAAACCGGACACGGACUGCCAGGAAGUGCUCUUCACGCAGCAGGUCUUCUCCUGUCAGCCGUGUGAGUCUAUUGGCCAGGAUUUUGAGCUCCCUGUCCAAAUCACAGCAAGCCCAUCGCAGGCAUCACCCCCCGCGAGCCGCAGCCUGGAGGAGCUGCUGCAGGAGGCCAUUCAGAAAGUACAGAUGGACCCAAGUGAGUCUAUAGACGACAUUCUGGAGGAUCCUGUUAGCUGCCCUGUUUCAGACGACACCUCCAUUAUUUCAGACGUCCAGUCGUCCAGCGGCUCCGGCUCGUUCCACAGUCCCCCGCCUGACCACUUUCAGCUGAUCCUACGCGCCGCUAAAGACGAGACCACCCUGUCAGCGUCUCCGCUCUGCUCCUCACUACUGCUGGAGCUCCCCCCUUCACCUGUCAGCUCCUCUAACCCUGCCCCUCCUCCGCCUCCACCCAUCUGCACCACCCCACCCCUCAGCGUCUCCUCCAGAAAGAGGAGGUCCGAAGCUCCAGCGUUUGACCCCGCCGACUGGCUGGAGUCCCUGAGUUCCGGCCUGCAGCCCCUCACCCCGCCAGCCGCUCCGUUUCUGGAGAGCGACCUGGAGUCGGACCUGAACAGAGUGCUUGACCUCAUGUGGAGCGGCGGCGAAGGUCGCUAGCCCACGCUAAAGCAACUCAAGAACAUUCUCUGCCAAAAUCUGUUUCAAAGACCCCCAGUGUCACAAUUUUUUUAAAUUCUCUUCUUUACACCACAUUAACCAUUUAAUCAUCCAGGAAUUGUUAAGUGUUUGGUACGGGAGUUAGCUUCUUUAGUUUUGAGUUAGAGCUAACAAGCAUAGGAAACCAAAUAGCCAAUUAGCAUUGUGCUAACUGUCUAAAUGACUAAAUCACUAAGUUCCUCUUUUCAAAUUCUCUCAAAUUCCAAUUUAGAAAACCCAAGGGAUGUCUUUAAGAGUCUUGUAAUGGCAGCUUAGUGGAAGUGGGUUGAGUAUUGAACCCUUAAUCCUGUGAGAUUUAUAGCUAAUCUAUAGCUCUAACAACUGAACCACUCAUAAAAUUGGUUUACCCUAACCUGCUAGCUCCUCUCAUUAACUAUGAUUCCCCAUCAUUGGGGGAUUCACAUGAUGCUAACAGGUACCAGCAAUGGGAGGUUUCAAGCUAGCGCCACUAUGUCUAACAUACUGUAACAUCACUGGGGCUCAACAUGCUUGGAGGAGAACAUUACUACUCAUUCUGUUUUGCAGCUAUAUGGAUGUCCAUGCUGAAGUCUGGCCAUCAUACUGUCAAACCUGCAACCUCUUCGAUGACUGAGCCAAAAGUUAGACAGUAGGCUGUACCACUUUCUACGAAAGCCGCCAGAUAUGUUUAAGCUAUGCUAACAUCAACAUAGUUAAAAAGUAUAUUAGAGAUGACGUAACAUCUACAUAACAAGUAAUUUGAAGAGAUCUUGUGAUUUGAUCAUUCAGAUCUGACCUUAGCACAAUGCUUAUGCUAACUGUUAGUUACAUUCACCUCUUACUAAGAAGCUAGUGGCCCAAUCAGCUAAAGGUUUGAACUAAGUUUGAAUCUGAUGUGUGUUUACCUACCAGACUAAAUCCCAAAUUCUGAAAUUCUAAAAAUCUGGGUCCUGAAUUCCUGGAUUUGAGCUUGAACGUGAGUCACGUUGGCUUCGUAUGAAUAUUUCAAGCCCUGAACGAAAGGGCUGUGCCAGUGCACGUACACACGUGUGUAUGUGUAUGUGUAUAAUUGGAAGCUUGAUGGGUAAUUACCCACCCUUCAGAUGGCAACUCCCUGGAGAGGUGACCCUCCACCCCACACCCCUCCGCUGCUUUCAUUCUUCCAUCCAUCCAUCCAUCUAUCCCUUCCUUCCACUCCCAUCCAUCUCUGUCUACUGAAGUGACCAAACUGACCCUCUGCUCUACGCAACGUCGGGAGAGAGAGAGAAAGAAAGAGAGAAAGAAAGAAGUGAGAGAGAGAGAUGAUUGACAGAUUUAGCUUCUGUUCGCACAGGUUUGCAGCAUGUGUGCACACAUACUAGCAUCAGCCACAGUCUUCUUCCUAUGUAAUAUAUAUAAACGCGUUUUUAUUACUUACUCCCGUGGACGCACGCAAGCACGCCUUCAUCCCGGAGCCAGACGAACCGUCGGCUUCAGGGGAGGGCGAGCGUGAGCGCGGGCACCAGCGGGGGGCUUCACGUGAGCUGGGUGUGUGUGUGUGUGUAUACGCUUUUCCCUGCAUUACUGUUCGUUCGUUUUGCUUGUGUUUGUGUUCACACACCUUUACAGUCACUUUCUGUACCCAACACGUGUCCGCACUUGCACUUGUUUCAGGAACACCCUCAAUCAUUUUAAACCUGGCACCGAGCCAAAAAAGGCCUCGGUUUAGCGUUGGAUCCUCCAGAGACGUGGCGUAUGAAUGGAAGUAUCUUUACAUUGCUUUUCAUUACAUCGCCAGGAGAAACACCUGCUUCCUCAUCUUGGCCGCGAGCCUACAAUUCCCAAAAUGCCUCCCAGCUCCCAGACGAAUCAUUUCAGAGUGGUGUUUGUUGUGUGUUGGGGGGGUCAAAUACCUUGUCAUUUACCAAACAAACCAAACCCUACACAAUUGCCAAUUAUUUGUUGGGUCCUUCUAGCUAGAACGGUGAUCUGCUCCAGUUCCAGAGACCUACAGUUGAAGGUAGAUAGAUCUGUGGAACUAAAGGUACCCAUUUGCCGCUUUUCCACUUAGGGCCAAACUGUUAAUGGUUUCAUGCCAUUGCUGACCCCUUUGCCUUGUUAUGGUUUCUGUUUCCAUUUGUGAUGUUACUUAAUCAGGACCUGGAAGUUCCAGAAAAAAGCAAACUAGCUAGUCAAAUGCUAAAUGGUGAACUCAUCUCACAUCACUAAUGUCCAUUAAAAGGAAUAAGCAAUGACAGCAACAGGGCUCGUCCAACAUUGGUAACGCUGUAAUACCAAUGCAGGCAACAGGGCUUGUCCAAUGUUGCUAUGGUGAUGGCCUUCUCAGUCAUUAUUUCCUCCCACUGAUCUUUUUCUUGGUUACAAAUACAGUUAGCUAACUGUGCUGAGAACCAUCAAAAUUGUUACCAUCUGUGCCCAGAACCUUCGGCUCUACAGUGGAAAAGUAAGUGACUAUAGUCUGUCUCAAGUUACUCCAGUUCCAGGAACCUAUUGGAGAGUUUCAGGUGGCCUUUGUCCCCCAUUACACCUGGAAGGGCUAAAAAAUAGCUGAACCUGUGCCUCAGGGUAGUAAGUAGAAAGGUCCACAGAUCUUCCCAAGCUAUUGUUAGGCAGUUUAUCAAUUGGAACAUCUUACCUGUUGAUGCUCAAGCUUCUCUACAUCCAGAAGCUCUGUAGUCAGAAACUGACCAUGGAGUUAGAGCUAAUGGGUGAUGAUGUGGUGUGGUGUUUGUUGGUUUGGCAAACCAAAUACUGUCCAAACCAAACUCUUCACGACCUAGAGAUGUAUUAGGAUUGGUAGAAAGAAGCUGAAUCUUUGCAGGGUAGCAGGUCUUCAUCUCUUUAGAGAUGCCUAGACUGAGCUAGAGCUAGACUUGUGAACAAAGAAGCUCAGAAACAUCCGCCAUAUUUGAGAGCUUUUGUAGGACUGUAGCUCUGUUGAAAAACCCCCUUGAGAGCCAAUCCGUGGUCAGAAACUGACCACUGAUGAAGGGCUAGAUUUAGAAAAGGAAUUUGUAGGGCUGAACACAAUGCAUUUGCUCAUUGAAAGGGAGGAAACAGCUUCUUUCUUUACAAAAAAACUAAUGUAAAGUCUUUAGAGUAUACUAAGACAUGUAUCUAAGGUAUGGUUUACCAUAUCUCAUUGAUGGUCCUAUUGUGAUCUCUUUUUCCACUCAAUUAUUGAACUAAUGAACAGAUCAGUAUACAUGGUAGAAAAAUGGUAUUCUGGCCACUGACUGUAUGCACUCCAAUGCUCCAUGAAGACACUUCAAAACUCACCCAACAUCAUCCACAGCAGCACCACCUCCACACGUUCUCAGCUGUUGGGACCCAACCCAAUACCCAUAUAGGGUAUUCCACCACCAUUCACCUCCAUUACAUCUCCUCAGUCAUGUAGAAACAGGACGGUGCGUUUGAUAAUCAGCACGCCGUUCAGGAUCAGGGGGCGUAAAGGUGCUGGAGAAUCACAGCACCCCUUUCGCUGGCAGACGGACACGUAAGCUUUAGGACUGAGGGAGGGGAUUCAAUUCCCCGUUUGCAAUAUUCUGUGAGCCAAUGGGAAAGACCAUGGCUUCACAAGCAUCCAAAAUCCAUCGCUGUGUUUAUUUAUCAGUUUAUUUAUUGAUUAAAUUAUCAACUCUGACAACUCACCGUGUAAAAACUGUAAACGUUGACAAAAGAAAAUUAAAGUCUUAACUGAUUUUUCCCA